AUGGACACUAAGGAAACGGGCAAGGACGGAGCUCCUGCUCUGUCGAAUCUUCUGGGCGUCGCGGCGGCGGCGGCGGCGGCGGUGGCGUUCUGCCGCGCCGCGGCGCCACCGUCGCAGUGUCGCGGUGCACACCCGGCGAAUCGCGCCGUGCCGUUUCCCGCGGUACGUCGAGCCGAGCUGACGUCACGAGUCUUGAGGCCUCCUUGCGCACAAUUUUGCAUCCCUCACUUCUUUUUUAUUCAUCGUUUGGUCGGUGAUUUCGCUCCGGCUCGCAGCCAGCACAGUUUCCGAGAUCGUGGUAGUCCUGUUACGGCAAUUUCACAACGAGCCACCCGGUACACCGUUUUGGUGCAUCGCGCCGGACAAAGGACAGGCCGGAGGACCGCGGGGAAGCGUCGACGCGCAGAUGGACUUCGACGAGAGCAAUGCACCCCGCAUGGAAAAAGCGCAGCCCCUACUGCGAGCGGUAUCGACAGCGUACGAAGACAUGUAACGUACAGAUGCGGCCUUGUCACUGAUCCGAUCAGGGCGAACGUUGCCGACAACGAGAAGCCGAGACAAGACACACCACGAGGUGACCAAAGGAAAAUAGACGAAAAGGCGAAGAAGUAGAGAGGAGGAAGAAAAGUAUAGGAAGAAGAGCGUGACA